AAUAAAAACAAACAUAAUUUGAGUAAUUUGUGCGUUUUAACUGAUUUUUUUUCCAAUUUUAUUUAAUAUGUUAUCGCGAUCAAUAUUAAAAACAUAUUACAACUCAUCACCAUUAGAAAAUUCGAGUAAUUCAACGAAAACAGAAAAAACUGUUGCAACGCCUACUACAAAAUCAUCUGAGUAUGAAAAUAUUAAGAUAAAUCAGGAAACUAAUAAAACAGUUAUUAAAAUGAACCACAAUAUUAGCAAUAUAAAUGAUGAUGUCGACCAACCAACAAAUCGACAUAAUUCUAUACAAAAAAUAGAACCUGCCGGUAUAAAAAACAACUGCAGCAAAACCAAUAAUAAUAGCUAUAAUAUUACGACAAAAGAAUUGGCAUAUGAAAGUGAUGUUGACGGUGUUCCUCAUAUUCGUUCUAGAAGUAAUGAACAACAACAGCUACAAAAACCAUCCCAAAAUGAUUUCGCAUCAAAUCGACGCAUAAAUAAAAAUACAAAUUUUGCUAUUAAUAGUAACAAUAAUAAAAGUAAUGAUGUCAUUAGUAGAAAACCACCAUUAAUGGUAAAAAUUAAUUAUGACAAUAAUAAUUCUUCUUUAAAUCCGGAAUCAGUAACUCCAUCAAGUAAUACAAAUAAUAAUAAUAACUAUAAUAAUAAUCAAAAUGCAAAUAAUGCUAAUAAUAAUAAUAACAAUAAUAACAAUAAUAAUAAUAUAAAUAUUAACAUUCCAACAAAUAUUAUAAAUUUAGACAAAAAUCGAAUUCCUGUACGUAAAAGGAGAAGACCAGCGCCAAAAUUUUUUACCCGUCCAUUAAGUUUACCAUCAAAUUUUAAUUUAACAAGACGUAUAUCAACUGCCUUACAACGACAACAUAGCACUGAUUCAUCACAACCAACAUCAAAAUCAGCAAAUGGAAAUAGUAAUGAAUUAAAAUCAUUAUCAAAUUUAAACCAUUUAGAUGAUUUCCAAUUAAAUUUACAAAUGAUUAAAGAGCUUGAGGAUGAAAUUUAUAAGCAAAGAGAGUUAUUAUAUGGCGGUAGUAAUCGUCGUCAAUGUAAAUUUAAGGAACAACAAGAAAAUGGUAAAAUACUCGAUGGUUGUGCUAUACGUUGUUCACAUAGAAGGGAGCAACAACUAAAUAUAUUAGAUGAAAGACAAGACAAAAACAGAAAGACUGAAAAUUAUACUUGUAAUAGUAAUAAUUUAAAUUUUAAUAAUAAUGAUACUACAAUUGUAUUUAAUCACGAUAUAUGCCCACGCAUUAUUAAUACUACCACAAACAAAAAUUCUGAUGCUACCAACUCAAAUCAUAAAAAUAAACCAGUUUUACUUGUUAAUACAAAAAAUUUUGAGCCAUUAUUAUUACGACCAAUCGAUGAUAAUUCAAAAAAUUCACCAAAUACUGUAGAGAACCAAUUAAAUUUGUAUGAUAAUGUACAUGGCUGUUUUUUAAAUUGUAAUAACAAUAAUAAUUAUUAUAAUAAUAUCAGUAGUAAUAACAUUUAUGUUAAUAGUAAUACAUCAAAUAAUAAUAAUAGUAUUAAUAAAAAUCAUAAUAAUAACACUAAUCGUAAUGAAAAUGCAAGUAAUUUAAUUAUAUCAAAUCAAAUAAAUUCAAUAAAACCUUCAACAACAACACAACCGCAAGAAGCUACCGUCCUAGAAUUAAAUACAUCAUCCAUAUUUCAAAAUGAUGUAAAUAAUGGAAACAUAUCAGUUAAUGAUGGUCAAAAUAAAUCCAUUUUAAUUGUUGAUAACACAAAAUAUUAUCCAGUUUUUAAACGUUACGAUAUAAAUGAAAUUGAAUUAAAAAAAUUGUGUGAUAAAAGUAAAUUAAAAUAUAUUGAUAAAUUAAUUGUGGUUACAAGUUCAAAUGCAGUUUCAAAUCAUGAAAUUAAUAAUGAUAAUCAACAUUCAGAUCAAAAACAAAAUUUAUGGGAUAUAAAUAAUGUUAAAGAAACAAAGUUAAAAACAUAUAGUUAUAAUAAUGAAGAAGAAAGCGAUGAAAAAUGUGAAAAUAGUUAUUCAAAAAUUAUUGAGUCCGAUUUAAAUUGUAAACUUAAAAUACUUAAAGUACAUAAUCAAGGUUCAAAUAAAGACAUUAAAUAUUCUCCUCCUGAAAAUAGCAAUAAUAGUAAUAACAGAAAUCAAAACACUUAUGAUAAUAGUAAUUGUAAUAGUAAUAACAUCGUAAGCAAUCAAGAACAAAGUGAAAGUGAUUCAAAUAGUUUAAGAAAUAAUUUAAAUAUUCAUCCAAAUAAAAAAUAUUAUGAGCACAUUGAUAAUUUAAAAAAUUUAGCUGAUAAUGAAAAUAACGAUGAUGAUUUAACAUUUGAUUUUCUUUUAAAAUUACCUAAAUCUGGAAGUUCAAGUUCGAAUUCUAAAGAUGUUGAAAAUGUAUUAUAUUUCAUCCUCGCCAUUUUCCUCACAGAUAAGCUACCAAAUUUAUCAUCAAAAGAGGAUUGUCACAGACUAAUUGAUUUUUCAAAUGAGCUAGCAUUAUUUGAAGCACUCAACGAUAAUAAUAAUAUGAAGGAUUUAAGUGACGUUUGUAGUCAUAUGAAUAAUUUAAAAAUGAAAAAUGAUAAAAAUGAAAAUGUGUCUUUUAAACAUGAUAUAACAAUGUCCAAUCGAAUAACAACUGCCAAGGCAGCAACCGUAGGAAAAACUAUUACAAAAGCAAAUAUUUUUAUUGUUGAUCGGCCGCCACCAAAAUAUUCAAAUUCAAGGCUGUUCAUUAACUCAAAUCAACAGGAAGACAAAUCAAAAAGAGAGAAUAUCAACGAAAUUAAAGUUAAAGAAAGAAUGUCAUCAACAUCAUCAACAACACCAUCGACAUCAACAACUAUGACACACUUGCCAGAUUUAACAGAAGAGGUUGAAAUGAUUCCAUUAUUUUUAGAAACAGUCGCAUCAUCAGAAUCAAAAACAUUAUACUUAAAUUCAGAUAAAAUGACAACACCAUUAUCUAUAUCGUCUAUGCCAGUUGUUGAAUGUAAUUCUUCGGCACCUAAUAAAUUUAAAAGAUUUUUCAUGAUGAAACAACAAAAUUUAAGUAAUUUUAUGUGGAAAAAAAGACGUCGUAAAAAUGACCCUCAACAAUCAUCAUCUUCAAAUUCGCCAUCAUUAUUUCCAUCAACAGUGAAAGCAUCUUCAUCGAAUUUUUAUCAAUUAAAUGAUAUUCACCAUCAAAAUCAAUACAAUGACGAUUUUCAAAAUAGUUCUAAUGAAAAAAUUCAAAAGAAUUCUGAAAAUAUUUCAACAUUUCAAAAAACACCAAAUCAUGUUGAAAUUAAUAAUAAUUUAAAUACUCUAAGUGAUAUUGAUAAUUAUAUUGAUGAUUUUAAACAAAAUAAUAAUAUCUCCAUCCCAAAUUCGCCUGCGUUAGCAUUAAGAUUAUCAAAAUUUUCAUUAUCAUCAAGUGAACCAAUGUUACCAAUUGCAAUUAAAACUCCAGAUAGUAUUGAUGAAAUUACAAAUGAUAAUGAUAAUUGUGCCAAAAAUGUUAUAUCAAGUAAUUCUAAAAUGAAAAAUAAAAAUUCCAUUAUUCCAUUCUGUAGAAAUUUAAGUGUUGAUGAUUUAAAUCAAACAAAUAAAAAUAGAAGUACUGCAUCAGCAUCUAAUUUAACAUUUACAUCGAUUACAUCAUCACCGCAUUUAUUCAAACGUUUGAGUAGAAGAUUUUCAUUUAAUCGUUCUGAUGAGAAAAAAGUUGCUGAACAGCAACAUCUAAAUUCAUCAUAUUCUACGUCCAUAACAGAUUCCUUAACUACAAGUGAAUCAAAUCCAAAUGUAAGCAUUAGUGAUUCAAUUAGAAGUAAUUGUAAUAGUAAUAAAGAUGAUCAUGAUGAAAAGAUUAAUUCAUUACCAAUAACAGGAAAAAUUUGCUUAAGACAAUCAAUAAGAGGACUUGCAUCAUCAUCAACAAAAAUCGGUCGGAAUAUAAAAACUACUGUUAAUAGAACAAAUAAAAAUUGGUCACGGCAAAGUUCGACAGAUAGUGAAUCUACGUAUUUUAUAAAAAAUACUACGAAUAAUAACAGCAAUAUUGAAGAUAAUAAUUUUAAUAAUAAUUAUAGGAAAAAUAAAAGUGUACAAAAUUUAAAAAAGUCAUCGAGUUCAAAUAAUACCCCGAAGAGAUUUUAUGAAUUUGAAUUUACCAAUGAAUUUAAUAGCGAUAAUCAAGCCGCUACGAAUAAAAAUAGUGCCUUAAACGAAAAUUUAAAACAAGAUCAGAAACAACAACAGCAAUAUCAACAACCUGAGCAACAAUUACUUCCUGCAAUAUUAAAUGAAAAUAAUUCAAUACAAAUUUUAACUAAACGUCCACCUCGUUUCGGUUCUAAUAAUAAUUAUAUAAAUAACAAAGAUAAUAAUGAUAAUAGCAUAAAUAAUACAAAUGCAAUAAUAGAAACAGCAUUUAAAGGUCAUGAUAAUAAUUAUAAUAAUAAUAAUAAUAAUAAUAAUAAUAAUAAUAAUAAUAAUAAUAAUAAUAAUAAUAAUAAUAAUAAUAAUAGCAAUAAUAAUAAUAAUAAUAAUAAUAAUAAUAAAAAUAAUAAUAAUAAUAAUAAUAAUAAUAAUAUUAAUAAUAAUAACAAUAACAUACUUAUUGUCCAAAAUAAUGGAGUUAUAAAAGGUAGGAGUAGACGAAAUAGUAAAUCACGUCAUAUAUCUGUUGCUGGUUUUCAUCGUUGUAGCAGCACUAAUUAUACAACAACUGAUUCUCGUUUAAAUGGUAAUAGCAAUAAUAGUAGUAGCAACAGCAUUCAUUACAAUAAUAGUGAUAAUCAUAACAGUCCCGUAUGUAAUGAAACUGAAAAAGAACAUAAAAGCAUGGAUUCAACAGAUAUUGUGAAAACUUGGAUCUAUAGAAGAAGUUAUGAUGACUCAUUUUACAAGGAUGGCGAUAUAACUGCUGAAUUACGAAACACUCAUAACUCAAACAAUCUGUUACGCAGUCGUCACACACGUUUUUCAUACGAUACGGCUGCGAAUUCAGUAUUCCAUUGGAGGACAGGCGGCUCUGCUGUAGAUUUUCGUGAAAAAUCUUGCGGAAGUGACGGCUGCGGGGUUGGUGGUGUCGGAGGUACCCAUAUAAAUUUAUUCGGCGGUGAAUAUUUAACAAAACAUCAAUCAAUAAAAAUGACUGAUAUAAAUUUGCAAAGGGGCCAUUCACCAAAUUUUAGUCCAUCGCGAAAUAAUGGGACGGAUUCAGAAAGUCUCACUUUAACAGUUCAUUUACCAAAUUCAGGAUUUCGUAUGAUAAAAUUCCACGAAGCAUCAGAUGUUAAACAAAUAAUUAAUUUAAUUGUAAAUAAUAUGAACACUGGGCAUAAAACAAAUUCAAAUUGUUAUGCAUUACGUUUAUUAAAUAUUGUUACCAAAGAAGUACUUUGGAUGCCACAAGAUACUUCAAUAUCGCAAGUAGUUGCACAUAUAUUAAAUCCAUCCUGUCCGAAUCCAGACUGCCCAAAUAAUGAUAAGACAGCAACAGCUAAGAAAAUUUUACAAAAAAAUUUAUCGGCAGGUUUACAUACAACAAGUGUAUGGAGAGCUGAAUUAAGAGUACGUUAUAUACCAAAAAAUUUAAAAGAAUUAUACGAAAAAGAUAGAACAACUUGCCAUUUUUAUUUUGAUCAAGUUAAGCAAGAUUAUAUACAAUCAAAUACACCAUCAGUAGAUCAAGAUAUUGCAAUACAAUUAUGUUGUUUGGGUAUCAGACAUUAUUAUAAGGACACAAAUCAGGCAUCAGAUAAAAAAAAUCAUUUGGAUUAUAUUGAAAAAGAAAUAGGUUUUAGUAAUUUCUUACCAAAAUCUGUGAUACAUACAGUCAAACAAAAAAAUUUGAAAAAAAUGAUACAAGCUGGCUAUAAAAAAGUUUAUAAUUUUACCGAAAUGGAAUACAUGUUAAGAUUCUUUGAACUUCUUCGAUCACAAUAUGUUUACGAUCAGGAAACAUUUGCUGUAACAUUAAGUUCUGCUUGGAAUAUAUCUGGACACCUUUAUAUUGGCCCUCACAUUGGAAUCUCAUACUUAACACAUCCGCAGGCGAAAUUAACAAAAGUUGCUGAUUUUCAAGAUAUUGAAAGGAUUCGAACUUAUAUUUUGCCAGACAAUAACAAGGACAAAGAUAGCCAUCAGGAAAAAUAUCAUUUGCAAUCGAUUAAUUCAUGUAGUGAGUUACAAAAAUUAAAUUCCAGUGUUACAAGUAAUAGCAAUUCAAUAACAAAUAGUCCGUUAAGUAGUAAAAAAUCAAUAAUUGACAAACAAAAAGUAUGCAAUUGCAGAGAAAUCAAAACACAAUUAAAGAUAAAAGUUAGCGGUAACGACGAAGACUUAGUAAUAACCUGUGAUGGUAUUAAUACGGCUGAAAGUAUUGCUGAUUUAGUCGACGGUUAUUGCCGUAUAUGCAACACCAAAGAAAAUAUAUCUGUAUGGAAUAGAUCACAUCAAACACCAAAUACUAGUACAACGAAUUCAUUAGAAAAAUCAAAUAAUUCAACAACAACCAAAGAUAAAACAAACGAAACAGAUGACGGCAAUAAUAUGAGUGAAAGUUGCGAUAAGUCCAAUUCAAAUGAAAAUAAAAAACCAAUAUUAAGUGAAGACUAUGCAGAAAUUGGCUUAAUUGAAGAAGAAGGUGAUUAUUCCACACCAGCUGUACGAAAUUAUGAAUUAGACCGUUCACAAAUAACAUUGAAUGAAAUAAUCGGUGUGGGGCAAUUUGGUGAUGUUCAUAUUGGUACAUGUAGAAUUAAACAACAGAAAACUUCAAGAAAUCGUUUAGGUGAUUCCACAUCAUCAAUUGGUUCAGAUAUGAGUGGUGGGAAUAGUAGUGGUACAGAAAAUAAUAAUGAUACACUAAAUAAUAAAACUGGAUUAAUUCAUGUGGCUGUGAAAACCUGUAAAUCAGAAGAUGAUUCAGCUAAAACGGAAAAGUUUUUGGAAGAAGCUUUUAUAAUGCAAAAAUUUGAUCAUCCUCAUAUCAUUAGAUUAAUUGGAAUAUGUAGCACACCUCCUAUUUGGAUUGUUAUGGAAUUGGCAAAAUUUGGAGAAUUGAGAGCAUAUCUAAAGACAAAUUCAGAUAGAUUGAAAUUGGGCACUCUUCUAUUAUACUGUUAUCAAUUAUCAACAGCUCUCAGUUACCUAGAAUCAAAAAAAUUUGUUCAUCGCGAUAUUGCAGCUAGAAAUGUGCUUGUUAGCUCGUCAACUUGUAUUAAGCUUGCUGAUUUUGGUUUGUCACGUUGGGUUCAGGAUCAAUCAUAUUAUCAUUCAAGCAAGUGCAUGCUUCCGAUAAAAUGGAUGGCACCAGAGUCGAUUAAUUUUCGGCGUUUUACAGCUUCUAGUGAUGUUUGGAUGUUCGGCGUAUGCGUUUGGGAAAUUUUGAUGUUAGGUGUUAAACCAUUUCAAGGAAUAAAAAAUAGUGAUGUAAUAGGAAAAUUGGAAAAUGGGGAACGCUUACCCUUACCUAAUAAUUGUCCUCCUCGUUUAUAUUCAUUGAUGUCACAGUGUUGGGCUUACGAACCUUCAAAGCGACCUAAUUUCAAAAACAUUAAGGAAACCUUAUAUGAUAUUUUGGUUGAAGAACGUUUAAGCGAUUGUGAAGUAAUGCGUAGAGAAAAUAGACGAGUUGCUGCAAUGUCCUGGGGAGCUGGUGAUGAUGUACCACCGCCAAAACCCUCCAGACCAGCAGGAGAUUCAUCAUUGAUGAUUCCGAUGUCUGCAGGGUUAGGAAACUCUGAUGACAUAGAACAGUUUGGUGCACCUCAAACAUAUAUUAUAGCACAAAAUCCAGCCGUUUUAGCUCGUUUGAUGAUGGAAACAGAUCAACGUUCACUAAAUCCCUCCUCUUAUACAACACCAGCCUCGGUAUUUAAUACAAUAGCUGUAGAUGUGGAUGAUACAAAAACUACUAACCUAAUUAAUGUUAAUCCAGCUGAAAUCAGCUUAAAAACUGUUAAAUUACCUGCGGCUGAAUUACUUAAAUUAGAUCCUAUAGUUCCUGACGAAAAUUCCUCUCCCCAAUCCUUAAUACCUAUAAGUUCUUCUCCUUCUUUGGCUAAUUCUCAAAUAUCUUGCUCAGAAAAUCUUUCUUCCUCAGCUGCUUCUGGAGGUAGUGGCAUUACACCAUCAACAACUAUUGACUCACUUGGUUCUACGCCUUCUUCAAAAUCAAAUACUUUGGAUCGUUAUAUCGAUCCUCAUAGUGUAUUACCACAAGGUUUACCACCUAUGUAUCCCCAUAAUCAUAAUCCAACUCAACCAGCAUAUCCAGCUUCGUGUGACGUAAUUAAUACAAAUAUUAACACUUCUCCGAAGCGGCAAAUUAUUCAAUCACAACAAUCUAUUGAAUCAGCCUAUCAGCCAAUGAAUCCGGCCCCAAUAGCUGUGAUGAAUAGUAAUUAUGUAUUGUAUCAUCAACAAAUUCCACCGAAUCAUAUUCAGUAUAUUCAACAACCGUAUGAAAACCAAAUGAAUUCCCUCGAACGAUUACAACUAACUAAGUCAAAUCGUUCAAAUUCCUUAACUCGUCAGUUAAGUGGCGGCCAAGAACCUACUUAUGCAUCUGAUUCCCAUCAAAAUAGUCUUGAAAGACGAAGUCGUACAUCAUACGGUAGUUUAGAACGAAAUCAAAAUAGCGUUCCCGUUGCUCCUCAAUUUUCAAUUCGAAAUAAAGGAGGAAGUUUAGAGCGUAAUCAAUCAAUGUCGAGCGCUUAUGAUCUAAUGAGAAAUCGUGCUGCAUAUCGAGCAAAUAGUCUUGAACGUGGUGGUAAUCCAACUCAUCAAGUUUCAGUAACCCGUUCUGGAAGCUUGGAACGCAAUCCAAGUUAUUUCGCGUAUCGCAAUCAAAUGAAAACUAUUGAACAAGUAGAACCAUUCCAAGAGGAAAUUUAUGAUUUUGGGGGAGCUAACGUUAAAAGUUGUGCUGCUAUUGCAUUAAAUAAAAGUAUUGCUAAAGGUUUAUUACCAGUUGGUACACAAAUACCCGGUAUGUUAAGUAGUGCUAGCAAUAAUUCUAUUAAUCAGCAACAAACUCAGCAAGAAAUAUCAACCCAACAACAAUCUCAAAAUCAAAAUACAAUAUUCUAUCAAGCUCCACAACACCAAAAUUUACAAAUAUCACAAAACUCUACUUAUACUCCAAUGGUACCAAAAUUUUGGCAAACUGGAAAUAUUCCAACAAAAGAUUCAAUUCUAUUUCAAAGUUAUCAUCCCCAAAUGUCUAAUUCACAGCCAACCUCUUUAACAAUUUUGAACCCAGUUGUGUCGCCACAUAAUUUACCUCCUCCACAUUCGCAAAAUCAAGCUAAUCAAAUAAUUGUUGGACCUUGUUUAGCAAUACAACACCAAACACAAAUAUCAACUCAACUUCAAAAUUCUCAAACUGUUCAAUACGUCCAAUCCUGUCCUCCUCCCAAUAAUUCCAUCCUUGGUUUUGGUAAAAAACAAAAUGUUGCUAACUUGCAAAAAGCUUUAAGUAACUCUAAUGAACAAUUUCAUGGUGACGGAAUAACAGAUAUUCAGAAACAAAUUGAUGCGAAAGAGGAAUUGGAAGCUAAAUUAAGAAAACAACAAAUGGAAAGUGAGGUUGAUAGUAAAUGGCUUAUACAAGAAGAAAACAACUUGAAGAAACGUUUAAGUUUAAUAACAUCUCUAAAUGAGCAAGAUGUAAAUAACGUUGUGAGUUCAAGCACAACAACACCACCAAUAAUGCAGAGUAGUUUUAAUCAAGCAACCAGAUUCUCUCCACAGAGUUCAACUACAUCUUGUGGUCCAUCAAGUUUACCUAUCGAUUGUCCCCAAACACCAAAUAGCACGACGAGCUCAAGACCGCAUACACCUGGAUCAAAUCCAGGAACUUUAAAAUCGAGUAAUUCAACAAACGAAAGAAGUACUACACCUUCAUCAUCAUCAGAUGAAAGAGGUGGCCAAAGAUCGUUACGUGCCGAGGUGAUCAAUUCAUUUUCAACGGCAACUACUUCAGCAUCAACAGCCGCAGGAACAACAAAAAUAUGUCCGCUGGAUCGGGCAAACGACACUGUAUAUGCAGCUACAACAGCAGUAGUUAAAGCAAUUAUGAUGUUGAGUCAAGGUGUUGAGAAGGCAAAUGCAUCCCAGUAUUUAGAACUAGUUAAAAAUGUUGGACUGGAAUUGAGAAAUCUUUUAGCUUCAGUUGAUGCAUUAUCUACAGUUUUUCCUGCGCAAGCUCAUAAGGAAGUGGAAAUGGCACACAAAGUUUUGUCUAAAGACAUGUUUGAAUUGGUUGCAGCAAUGCGUUUAGCUCAGCAAUAUAGCGAAACAACAUUAGAUGCGGAAUAUAGAAAAAAUAUGCUAUCAGCAGCCCACAUAUUAGCUAUGGAUGCUAAAAAUUUGCUAGAUGUUGUCGAUUCCAUUAAGCAACGUUUCCCGAAUCUGUUUCUUAACAAACCACCUCAAACUCCAACUGCAAAUGCAAAAUUAGGAACAGUGGUAAACAACGUUUCAACAUCAGUUACAACACUGCAUCAAUCUCCGUCCGUAGAUCUAAAAAACAGACAGCAACAACAACUACAACCAAUACAACAAAAAAAUUUACAACAGCAUGUUGUUGAUUUUAAAUUACAUGGUCAACAACAAUCGUCAGUCCAAUCGACUAAUGAAGAAGGUUAUCAAAUUAUGUGUAGUGAAAAUUAUCAAAAUUUCCCACAACUGCAAAAUAAACAAUUUUUACAUCAUACAACGUCUCCCCCAACAAGUUUAACAGGAAUUUAUGAUAACGAAUGCAUAAUACAACAACAGGUGAAAAAUCUUGAAAUAUCUUCCUCUACAUCAUGUAGUAAUAACAUUUCCUCAAAUACUACCAGCGGAAUAUAUAAUACCGGAAAUAACACUGGUGGUGGUUGUAGUAGUAUAAUAAAUGCAGCAUGUAAUACUGGUAAUUUAGAUUUAAGCACCAUAGGAAAUACAAUGGGAUAUAAUAUUGCAGUGGGAGGAACAAACUCACAAAAGCCUGCUAUUGCAAUAAAACCAUCUAAUAUCCAAAGUAAAUUAAAGCAUAGUAAUUCCUUUAAAUUAUCUUCUGAUAAUUUAUCUAGCAAAGCUAAUAAUUCGAUUAUUGGCAAUGAAAAUAGUACAGCUACAAACACAAAUAAUUCACUCUCAAACUUAUCUUCAAUUAAUUCUAGUAAUACCACAGCAUAUUUAGAUGAACCUCUUAAAAUUAUAGAAGAUCCGAAUGAUUUAUAUUGCAAUACUUCAAGUUUAACGAGCAAUAACUUGAAGAGUGAUAUUUUAACAAAUAAUGGCUUAAAAAUAAUUGAACAAAAUUUAUCAAUAGAAAAUCAAUUAAAUGGAGAAAAUUAGAAAAAAAAUUAUCAUAUAUUUAUUCAUAUACACACAAAUCUGAUAUUAUACUAUUAUUUUUUUAAAUGGAAAUUUUAUUUAUUUUAAUUACUUAAAUUUUUUUACUUAAGUAAAAUACAAUUUAAUAAAGAAUAAUGAAUGUUUACCAGAUCACUUUUUAUUGGAAAUUUUUUUAGAAGUGCAUAUAAUUUGCAUGGUAUAAAUAAAGACAUUUAUGUUAUACCUGAAAAUUUAUUACAAAUUAAACAAAAUGAAUAAUAAAUAUUUAUAAAAUUAAUACAUAGUUCAACUUUAUAAGACAAAAUAAUCAUAAUAUGUAUAUAUGCACAUAUGCGCAACUAUGUAAUUUAAAUUUAAAAAUAAAAGAUUUGACAAACAUCUCAAAUUUUUCAAUAAUUUAUAUUUUAGAGUCUUCAAAGAAGCAAUUAAAAAAUUUUUUUAAGGGAGAUAUUAAAAAUGUAUAAUGAUUUUUUUUCUUAAUUUUUUAUCCAUUUAAGACCUAUUAAAAAAACGAUAAAACAUUCUUUGUAAAAUGCUGUGGCUUAACUUAAGCAAGUAUAAUAAUUCAAAUAAAAAAAAAGAUUUUCUUAUAUAUGAAACAAA